AUGCAAUGGCUCUCUGCGAUUAUUGCCAACACCUGGGAUCCUGACGGUCAAGAGGAGAUUAAGGAUGCAUACUUGCCGUUCUCCUUUGCACUAGCAAUUGCAGCGAUUAUUAUGACAUCCGGGUUCUCCUGUUUCUAUUUUAUUGAAGUGUUCGUGGUGAUCUGUAUGUUCUUCGGAGGCAUGUUCGUUGUUUUCGUGACGCCUCGAACCUCUGUAUCUCAUUGGAAACUACGCCUCCUUAUUCUGGUCUAUCUAUAUAUGGGUAUGACAUUCUGGAACAGCUGGUUCUGGUUCAGCAGCCAGAAGAAUGUGGUUAAGCCUACCCCUUGCGGAACUGUCCUGUUUCUCUUUGCUAAAGUGUCCGGAAAUAACCUUCACAGGGCAGUUCAUUUCUACCAGGCAUUGUCAAUUAUAGGAUCACUUUACUGCACCAUCGUUGGGGGGGUAAUACUUCCCCGUGAUGAAGACACCGCGAUGCUAGGAGACAAAACAUUCCUUGUUGUUUCCAUUUUCACUUUUAUCGUAAACGUUUUCGCCAUUGAAUUGACCUUAAUAUGGAACAACGUUUCAGAAAUCAAUACUCUGAGCACUGUCGGGCAGCUUAUCCCAUUCAUCAUCGGAGCCUGGGUUCUCGAAGCAUAUUGGACAGCACGAUUUUGCAGUGCCGCCGACCUGGAGCUAAUGGCGCCGAUGGUCACCAAUUACAACAGAUGCCUGCCACCCAACAUGCUCCGCCGCAAGCCCAAGACGCUAAGCGCCGUGCAUCUCCGCAUUUUCUUGACAAGCCGACCUGAUUUGCCAAUCCGGCUAGGAUUUUCGGAGAUCAAGAAUCAGGACUAUCAGGAUCUGGUUCUCCAUGACAUCCCUGAGGCAGUUACAGCACACGAUAUAUCUUUGUUCCUGAACUGGCGGCUUUCAAAAAUCAGAAAAGAACGAUCGCCACCCGUCGACUGGCCUAGAAAUACGGAUACCCAAACUCUUGUAGUAACAUUAUCUGUUCCGCUAUUCAUCUUCGCUGCGACCGUGUGCCGCGUUUUUGAGGAUCCCCAGUGGGACCCCGUGGAUAGUCUCACCGAGAUCCUCACCCAUCGAAGUGACGGAUCUCAGCUGAACGGAACGUAUCUUCCCGUGCUGAACCGACUUAUCAACAACCAGAAUGGGAAACGGAAAAAGCAGCUCAUUCAAGAAUUUCAGGAGGUGGUGGGUACAAUCGUGAUGCUUGAGAGCCCACUCUAG